UUUUGUGUCGUGAUGGCGCACAUCGCUUAUGGAGACGUGAGCUAUUCUUUCCCGGAGGAGAUGAAACGCGGAUCUGUGAUUGGAAAUAUAGCGAAGGAUCUCGGACUGGAUGUGAACAGAUUGUCAUCACGUAAGGCUCGCAUUGAUACUGAAGGUAGCAUAAAACGAUACUGUGAUAUUAAAAUGAAUACUGGAGAGCUGACCGUAGCGGAGAGAAUCGACAGAGAGGGGCUUUGUGGAAAGAAAGCCUCGUGUGUUAUUAAACAAGAACUUAUGCUUGAAAAUCCACUGGAAUUGCAUCCCGUGAGUGUCUUCAUAUCGGAUGAGAAUGACAACUCUCCUCAGAUAUUAUACCCCUCUCCGGAAGGAAACUCGUUCAUGACCGAGAUGGUGCCCAAAGUGGCGCAAGCGCGCUCCCUGGUCUCCAAGGUGAUCGCCGUGGACGCGGAUUCUGGCCAGAACGCGUGGCUCUCGUAUCACAUCAUUAAAGCGACUGAUCCGGGACUUUUCACUAUCGGUGUCCACAGCGGAGAGAUCAGGACGCAGCGGGACAUUUCUGAAUCUGACAGCAUGAAGCAGAACCUUAUUGUGUUAGUCAGAGAUAACGGACAGCCCUCUCUCUCAGCCACGUGCGCACUGUAUUUACUUGUAUCAGAUAACUUGGCUGAAGUGCCAGAACUGAAAGACAUGUCUCAUGACGAGAGCAGCUCCAAACUGACGUUUUAUUUGAUCAUCGCGCUGGUGUCCGUCUCCACUUUCUUCCUGACCUUCAUCAUCAUCAUCCUGGCUGUGAGGUUUUGUCGCAGGAGAAAGCCCAGACUGUUGUUUGAUGGAGCUGUAGCCAUUCCCAGCGCGUAUCUGCCUCCAAAUUACGCAGAGGUGGAGGGCGCGGGAACUCUCCGCAGCGCCUACAAUUAUGACGCGUACCUGACCACGGGCUCGCGCACUAGUGACUUCAAGUUCGUCAGAUCUUAUAAUGAUGGCACGCUGACUGCUGACCUGACUCUGAGAAAGACUCAGUCCUUUGAGAACAUAAUGGAUACCCUUGGCGACGGAGUCGAAAUUAAGUCUCUUAAUAGUCCCAUUCCUGAGAGUGCGUUACCCGGUACCGAGGUUGGCAUCAUUAAUGUGCAGGACAGAGACUCUGAGAAUAACGGACAGGUGCGCUGCUCCAUUCAGCAAAACGUCCCAUUUAAACUCGUGCCUUCAAUCAAAAAUUACUAUUCUCUGGUGACCACAGGUGAAUUAGACCGCGAGCUGCUCUCUGAAUAUAAUAUUACAAUUACUGCUACUGAUGAGGGCUCUCCGCCUUUAUCUUCCACUAAGAAUAUUCACUUGACUGUAGCUGACGUCAAUGAUAAUCCACCUGUAUUUCAGCAGCAGAAUUACAGAGCUCAUGUGCAAGAAAAUAACAAAGCAGGCUCCUCUAUUUGUUCAGUAUCAGCUACAGACCCGGACUGGAGACAGAAUGGCACUGUAGUUUAUUCUCUGUUGUCCUCUGAUGUCAAUGGCGCACCGGUGUCCUCCUUUUUAUCCAUUAACGGAGACACCGGGGUCAUCCAUGCCGUGAGGUCGUUUGAUUACGAGCAGAUGAAAAGUUUCCAAGUGCUCGUGUUAGCCAGAGACAACGGGUCUCCUCCUCUGAGCAGUAACGUGACCGUGAGUGUCUUCAUAUCGGAUGAGAAUGACAACUCUCCUCAGAUAUUAUACCCCUCUCCGGAGGGAAACUCCUUCAUGACCGAGAUGGUCUCCAAAGCUGCGCAGGCGCGCUCCCUGGUCUCCAAGGUGAUCGCCGUGGACGCGGAUUCUGGCCAGAACGCGUGGCUCUCGUAUCACAUCAUUAAAGCGACUGAUCCGGGACUUUUCACUAUCGGUGUCCACAGCGGAGAGAUCAGGACGCAGCGGGACAUUUCUGAAUCUGACAGCAUGAAGCAGAACCUUAUUGUGUCAGUCAGAGAUAACGGACAGCCCUCUCUCUCAGCCACGUGCGCACUGUAUUUACUUGUAUCAGAUAACUUGGCUGAAGUGCCAGAACUGAAAGACAUGUCUCAUGACGAGAGCAGCUCCAAACUGACGUUUUAUUUGAUCAUCGCGCUGGUGUCCGUCUCCACUUUCUUCCUGACCUUCAUCAUCAUCAUCCUGGCCGUGAGGUUUUGUCGCAGGAGAAAGCCCAGACUCUUGUUUGAUGGAGCUGUAGCCAUUCCCAGCGCGUAUCUGCCUCCAAAUUACGCAGAGGUGGAGGGCGCGGGAACUCUCCGCAGCGCCUACAAUUAUGACGCAUACCUGACCACGGGCUCGCGCACUAGUGACUUCAAGUUCGUCAGAUCUUAUAAUGAUGGCACGCUGACUGCUGACCUGACUCUGAGAAAGACUCAGUCUUCAGAUGAUCUUAAUGGUAUUAUUGAGGGAAUAGAGAAUCUUUCUCAGAGGCGCAUUGACCUCCGUGGUCGCUGUCCGUGGUACUGA